AUGCGCAACAACAUCAGAUCCGAUACUAUUCAAAGCGGACCAGCAGGUGGUGAAAGAAUGAUGAACGGCCGCCCUAACAAGGACAACGAUUACUGGGGAUUUUGCAAGGGUGCCUGGGCUGUCAGAGAAGACCUUAAGAAGGGUAUCACAGUCCGCACUCAGCCCUGCGGCUACUACAACACAAAGCAGAUUUGGGGGUGUAAGCAUUGUACCUUCACGGGCGACGUCUUCACGAAGCCGCACCCCACGAAAAAGAACAAGACUGUCGAGAUAGUGGACCCGCGUGUCAAGACUUCCAUGUGGAUCUUUCUUGCCAAAUCGCAUGUAAAGAAGAAGGCAGCAGAACCUAGCUCGAACGAUGAUAACUUCGGCUGCCUGCUCUGCUCAGGGCAAGACAAGGUCACGGGCGUUUAUGGUGGUGUAGAAACACUUAUGAACCAUAUUGCGCUCACGCAUGUGACGGAUAUGAGUGAGCAGGCACAAAAGAAAGCCAAUUGUAUUCUGGGCAGAGUAGCGGGCUAUGACGAAGACUUUGACAUUAACAUACCGAUUUUUAAAGAGGCGGAGCUUGCUGGCUAA